CUAUCAGAAUCACGAACUACAUUGGUAUAUUAUAUGUCGACUCCGUCACCACUAUCAGCAAUUCGGUGCAUUAGACGCAGUCAAUCCCCGUCUCAAUGGCCCUCAAGUCUUCCCAGUCAGCUAUGAGCUUGUCACGGCAAGCGCUCAGACGCUACAAAGGCCGGAAUGCGUGCUCUGCUGUAAGCCGCUCAAUGGCUUCCACAUGCCUUCGAGCCUUUGCGACAUCAGCGUCCCGACCCUCAGAAGCCGCCGUCGCCGAGCAGGAGGCACCUCGAUGGAGCUACACACCCCAAGCCAUGAUGGCGCCAUUCUCCCCUCACAUAACAAAGGAUCCAGCCCGCUCGCGGUGGCGCGUCAACGAGGAUCCGAAGAAGCUGGACGAUGCUUUAAACACUUUCCUCGGCCGUGAUGGCGAAAGGAUGUUACCCGAGGAAUUGAAAUGGCUGGCAGUCACACACAAGAGCUUUGAUCAGGGCAGGAGAGGCUUCAAUGAUCGCCUAGGUUUCCUUGGUCGACAGAUAUGCAUAAUGGAAGCGAUGAAUUACAUCGUUACCUCCCCAUCUAAAAGUGAUAGUGUCAUGGCCGACCCAUAUGCCGAACAGCGACAGCCUUUUGAAGAUCCUGCUUUGCGGAGUCUUGAUAAUCUAUCUGAAAGCCAGCCAAACGAUAUUUUCACACCCGAAAAGUUGACAAAACUUGCCCUUGAUACGGGCUUGUCUGAGGUGGUGAGGUGGAAGCCCCGGAUGCCUGAGAACGAAGUAGGCUCAGGCCUCUACAUAGUCAUGUCGGGCGCUAUAUAUUCCCUCGUUGGCGCUAUUGCGUUGCAAAAUGGCGGAAAGACCGCCAGUAGAAUCGUGCGCGAAAGGAUAAUUAAGAGGCUUCAAUCAUAGUAUACAACACAGAACUCACCUGUGCAUAGAAUAGCCCCUUGUAUGAUUAUGUAAAAACAACUGUAUAGUGUACUACGACAUGAACACUCAUCGUAUGCCACACAAUAGAAAUACAUAAAUCUGCAGUUUACGGUGC